AUGACCGUUCUCACUGGUAAGCCACUUUCGCUGGCUAUCACUGCCACUGCAGGAAGUGGUUUCCUGCUAUUCGGAUAUGAUCAAGGUGUUAUGUCAGGUCUUUUGACCGGUACUGCAUUCACUCGGACAUUCCCGCAAAUCGACACGACCUCCACAGGACAUGGCAGUUCCUCACUGCAAGGCACGGUGGUUGCUAUUUACGAGAUUGGUUGCUUCUUGGGUGCCCUGAUUGCUCUGUUCGCGGGUGAGAAGGUUGGCCGUCGGAUGUGUAUCAUUGCGGGUUGCAUUAUCCUCAGCGUCGGGGCGGCGAUUCAGUGCAGCGCGUAUGGUAUCCCGCAGUUGAUUGUGGGGCGGAUCGUGGCCGGCGUCGGCAAUGGUCUCAAUACCAGUACAAUCCCGGUGUGGCAUUCGGAGUUGAGCAAAGCAUCCAGUCGAGGAAAAGGGCUGGCAAUCGAGCUCACAAUCAACAUAUUUGGUGUCAUGACGGCCUACUGGGUUGAUUAUGGAAUGAGUUAUGUCAACAGUGAAGCUCAAUUCCGGUUCCCUAUCGCGCUGCAGAUUCUCUUUGCCAUUAUCACACUUCUGGGGGUGAUUGUCUUGCCUGAGUCGCCUCGUUGGCUUAUUUCCCACGGCCAACGCGACAAGGCGCAGCACAUUAUCUGGGCUGUUCAGCCUAACGCGGACCAAAUCUCCGAGUCUGACACCCUUGUCACGACAGAGGUAGAAGAGAUCUCUCGUGCUAUUGCGGAGGAGCAGGCAGCGUCGCAAGAAGGAUCCUUUGGCAUGAUUUUCAGCAACGGGCCUCAGAAGUUCUUCUACCGCACGCUUCUGGGGAUGGGGGGACAGUUCAUGCAGCAGAUGUCAGGAGUGAAUCUGAUCACUUAUUACAACACGGUAAUCUUCGAGAACUCGGUUGGUAUGAGCCACAACUUGGCCCUCCUGAUGGCCGGUUUUAACGGGGUAGCGUAUUUUAUCUCCACCUUUGUCCCCGUCUGGACUAUUGAUCGGCUGGGUCGUCGGAAACUUAUGCUCUUUGCAGCGGCGGGACAAUGUGGCUGCAUGGCUGUUUUGGCUGGCACUGUGUAUGAUGGCGGCCAUGCGGCCGGUAUCGUGGCCACAGUGAUGCUGUUUCUCUUCAAUUUCUUCUUUGCCGUCGGCCUGCUGGCUAUUCCGUGGCUAUUGCCUGCCGAAUAUGCCCCGCUGGCGAUCCGAAGCCGCGCUGCCGCAUUGGCUACUGCCACCAAUUGGAUCUUUACCUUCCUCGUCGUGGAAAUCACGCCCGUCAGUAUUGAUAGCAUUGGCUAUCGCACGUAUAUCUACUUUGCUGGCGAUGAAGCAAAGCCGGUUUGCUUGGGCUGCAAACGUCGAGGCGACACGUGUGAAUGGCGGCGACUGGGGUCUUUUCGAGAGGCCAAUCUCAAAGUCCUCGAACCCGAGCAUCCUUCCAUGAACCAAGCUGCCGGUCGUGCAUCUCGUCAGAGUAAAUUCAAGAUCUUGAAUGUUAUUCCGGCGCGAUCUGCCAAGACAACGGCCGUUAAGCAAUCUCGACGAUCAGUUGAUGAGCGUGUCGCAUCAUCAGCACCCUUAGGAGAUGGCGAUAGCUAUGAGAACCUCAACGCAUGCACAGGGCCAAAGUCUCCUUCGCCGAGCACUCGGAUUGUUGAUCCUCCUCUCAGCCCGCGUACCGCGGAGCGACUCUCACCGCUAUCGCAUGAGAGCUUCCGAAAUUCAGACAGACUGGAUCCGCAACAGUCUGCCGUAGGUGUGGAGCGCGCAGCCCACAGUUCUCCAGAUGCGUCUCAUUACCAUCCAUAUAUGCAUUCUAGCCCUGAUUUUGUUGUCGAUGAACUGGCAGCUGUUCAGAAUCUGACGGGGAACCCCGGGCAGUUCCCUCAUUCAGCGUCCAACGUCUAUCAUACGAUACCCUCGCCCAUGUUUGACCAGAGCGUGUUCUCUGAUGCAGUCAGAUUUACCAACGAUGUUUUUGUUCCGGGAUCUGCUUAUGAGGCUCUUCAUACUACUCUUCGCAACCGGCAGCUUUGGACUGCACGACCGGAUAUCCCAAGUCGGGGUAGAACUCCUGAAAUCGUGCCGGAGCCCGGAAUCACAGUGCUAGAAGAUUGUGAAAGAACAGAAUUUCUUGUCAUCUCCCAUCAGAGAACAGGGCGCGAGUUUGAGCUACACCCAGAACGCGAGAAUGUUCUGUGGCAGAAUUACCUCAACGAGAUAUGUCUUUGGCUUGACAUGUUUGACAAUCAUCGUCAUUUUGCCUCAACCUUUCCGCAAAUGGCCAAGUCAGCACCUCAUCUCCGCUACUCAAUUCUAGCCCUGUCCGCUCGGCAGAUGGAGCGGAAGCAGAACAGAAAGUCUCAAUCCGAAAGUCUGUCCUUGUACCAAGAAGCAAUCCAUCUGCUUCUUCCUGAGCUUGAAAGCAAGAGCACUCCUGUCAUCGCCUCCUGCGUCAUUCUCUGCGUGUUAGAAAUGCUUAGCUGCAACCCCAAAGAGUGGCGGCGUCAUCUCGAUGGGUGUGCAUAUUUGAUCCAGGCUGCUGAAAUCAACGGAUUCUCUGGCAAAGAGGAACAGGCACUAUUCUGGUGCUUCGCGAGAAUGGACGUCUGCGGUGGCCUCAUCUCGGAAGAAGAAACCAUCAUACCCAUCCGCAACUGGAUUCCGCGCGACAUGACCCCAGCCGACGCUGCACAGCUGUUCCUGGCAUCAAAUGUUUAUGCUUUCGAUACAUAUGCCAAUUACACUGUGUUCUUAUGUGCGCAGACACUGGGCGUGCUAUUUGGUUCCGCUCGACUUUCCACAUACUAUCACGGCAUCCUGGAAGAUGGCCACUCGUAUGUUGACCGAUGGCAACAACUUCUGCAUGAUGUAGAACAGUGGUACGAGAAUCCCGUUUCCGACCGUGCUGUAUGGGAAUGGCGCUGCUAUAUCUGGGAACCAACUUUAUCAUGCCUGCGCUCUUCUCCUACUCCAGGGAAAGCCGAAGACCCUUUCAAUGCAGCGACGCCGAACGAAGUCUGUCCUCUGGCAUGCACGACAGAUCUGCGCUAUUUCGGUUUCGAACACCCAUCAGUGCGGAUGAUGUCUCACCAUUCCGAGCAUGCCGCUAUCGUUCAGACGCUGACGCGUAUCGAGCGGGAGACGGGUUGGGCAACAAGCUGGCGAGCAGAAGACCUUCGAGAAUUCUGGGGAGAUGAGGAGGAAGCAGAGGAAAUGGAGGAAAAUAUGCGAACUCCGCCGAGUGUUCGAGGCAGCACAUGUUCCCAUUCCACCUUGUGA